AUGGUAUUGAAAGUGGAAGAGAGAAACACCUCUAAAUCUGUGAGAGGAGAAAAUGGAGGAUACAUCACACUAACAUGUGAAUUUAAGGCCAAUAAUAUUGUUCAGAUUGAGUUAUUCAGUGAGUCAGAAGAGAUAGAUGUGUGUCAGGAUGAAGAAUGUAGUGGACGAGUGUUUAAAGAAGGAAACUGUGACGUCGUCAUCAAGAAACUGAGCUUCAGUGACGCUGGGAAAUAUAUUUUGCAUGUCUAUUACACUAAUGAUCAGACAGAGCUGAAGCGACAAAUCAGGACGUACCAUCUUCAUAUUCAUGAUGAGAUUUCUGUGAAAACAGGCGAGGAGCUAAAGUUGUCUGUUCUGUUGUCUAAUGCUGAUAAAGUGGAGAAAAGCUCUAGUGGAGAGUGGAGGGAGGUUUGGAAGAGAGGCCACGGGGUCUGGAGUGACCGAAUGAAUGUUACUGAUGGGAACCUGAUCAUUAAAUCAUUUCUGGACAGAGAUGCAGGAACAUACAGAGUUCUGGACUAUGAAAGAAACAUCUUGAUCACAGUCACAGUCACAGAAUCAGGUACAGAAUCAAAGGACAAACUGGAGAAUGAUGAAGACAAAACUAAUGGCACUGAACAACACAAGAACUGGAUUGUGCCAGUUGGAGUGUGUUUGGUGAUUCUGGCUGUGAUUAUGAUUUCUGUCUCUCUGUUUGUGACUCCAUUGAAGGAAUAUUGCAAAUCAAGAUCGGUGGCAUCCGCAGAUCUCUUUAAAAAGAUGUUUGUGAAUUAAACAUGAGACACUGUUCUUCAUCAUUACAGUAUGAUACUGACUACAGUCUCUGGUGCAUUAAUAAAUGUUUUUAGAUAU